CACCAAAAGCUCUUGUAGCUCGAUCUCCAAUUUCCUCAUACAUAUACUAGAUAUUUAGUGCUACAUAAGCAUGGCUUCCAAAGUUCAACUCGUGUUUCUUUUCUUGUUUCUCUGUGUGAUGUGGGCUUCGCCAUCGGCAGCUUCUCGUGACGAACCCAGUGAUCCCAUGAUGAAGCGGUUUGAAGAAUGGAUGGCAGAGUACGGCCGAGUGUACAAGGACAACGACGAGAAGAUGCGCCGGUUUCAGAUAUUCAAGAACAACGUGAAUCAUAUCGAAACCUUUAACAAUCGCAACGGAAAUUCAUACACUCUCGGUAUCAAUAAGUUUACCGAUAUGACAAAUAACGAAUUUGUUACUCAAUAUACUGGUGUAUCUCUCCCACUAAAUUUCAAGAGAGAGCCAGUGGUGUCAUUUGAUGACGUAAACAUCUCUGCGGUGGGUCAAAGUAUUGAUUGGAGAGACUAUGGUGCCGUAACAGAGGUCAAAGACCAAAACCCCUGUGGUUCUUGCUGGGCAUUCAGUGCAAUUGCGACGGUGGAAGGAAUCUACAAGAUCGUAACAGGGUACUUAGUAUCUCUAUCGGAGCAAGAAGUUCUCGAUUGUGCUGUUAGCAAUGGGUGCGACGGCGGCUUUGUGGACAAUGCCUACGAUUUCAUCAUAUCUAACAACGGUGUGGCCUCCGAAGCUGACUAUCCUUAUCAAGCAUACGAAGGCGAUUGCACCGCCAAUAGCUGGCCCAAUUCAGCUUACAUUACUGGUUAUUCAUAUGUGCGAAGCAACGACGAAAGCAGCAUGAAGUACGCUGUGUGGAAUCAACCAAUAGCUGCUGCUAUCGAUGCCAGUGGAGACAACUUUCAAUAUUACAAUGGCGGUGUGUUUAGUGGACCUUGUGGAACUAGUCUCAAUCAUGCCAUCACCAUUAUAGGUUACGGGCAGGAUAGCAGUGGAACACAAUAUUGGAUUGUAAAGAACUCAUGGGGUAGCUCAUGGGGUGAACGUGGAUACGUCCGUAUGGCGAGAGGUGUGUCUUCGUCUGGAUUAUGUGGAAUCGCCAUGGAUCCUCUCUAUCCCACUCUACAAUCAGGGGCUAAUGUCGCAGUUAUUAAGAUGGUUUCUGAAACUUGAAGCUACGAAUAAGUCGGAAGUAAAUGAUUUAGCAAUGCACUGCAGUUUGCUAUCUUAUUUGCUUAACUUACAUAAAUAAGGAUCGACGUUUGCUGCAUCCAAUAGCUAAGCUUGCUUCGACAUUGUGGUCUCUGUUCUGUUUCGGUGUGCCCAGUGAGUAUGUAAGUUUGAGUAUCUAUAAUCGGAUGUGCUCCUUAAUUAUUGUGAACUA